CCACCCUGCGCCAUGGAUUCUGAAUGCACGGUCCUUAUGAUACUUGCUAUUCUUCUUGUAAUCAUUGCUAUCUGGAAAUUUCAGAGGUUCAGAUUUAUUGCCCUGAACAUGUAUAUUCUCUGUAAGAGAAGGCAGUAUGACUUAAUCAUUGCUCUCCUCACGAGAAGAAUUAGAAGACUAAGACAUACUUCUGUGCGGUGAUGAAGAGUGGCGUGGGUAUAUCCCAGACCACAGGGUUGGUUUGAAGAGAUGUACCAGAAUCCAGUCUUCUCCGCCUUGUGGAAAAAUGACUUCUGUGUCACAAAGGAGACAGUUGAUUACAUUUGCCAGCUGGUUGGACCAGACCUUUCAAGGCAAAAUACUCGCUUCCGAAGGGCUGUUGCUUUGAACAAGUGUGUGGCAAUUGCGUUAUGGAGACUGGGAACCGGCAAUUCAUAUAGAACGACAGGAAUAACAUUCAGACAAGGAAAAGUUACUGUAAUAAAGAUAUGUGAAAACUUUAUGGAAGCCUUAAUACACCGCAAAGAUGAUUUUAUCCGGUUCCCAGAUGAUCCACUUGAUGUUGCACUGGCUAUGAGGAGGGGUGAAAGUUUAGCUGGAUUUCCAGAUGUUGUUGGAGCAAUAGAUGGUUCACAUAUCACCAUAAAAACACCUCAGGUUAAUCAUGAAGAUUAUUUCAACAGAAAACAAAACUAUUCAAUUAAUUUGCAAGGAGUAGUCAAUGCUACUGGUAAAUUUAUAGACGUCAGCACAGGAUGGCCCGGUAGUAUUCACGAUACCAGAGUAUUGCGACUUAGUACACUGUACCAAAGAGCCGAAAACAACCUUAUUUUGACUGAGCCAGUGAAAUGCAUUAAUGGAGUAACAGUGCUCCCUCUGAUUGGUGAUUCAGCUUACUCCUUACUACCCUGGCUGGUUAGUCCUUAUCCCCAUUCCUGUAACCUUAAUCGAAAUCAAGCCAAAUUUAAUAAGAUUUUGAGCAAAAGCGGGGUAAUAGUAGAAAGGGCAUUUGGAAAACUGAAGUGUCAUUGGAGGUGCCUAUUGAAGCCACUUGAAGAAAAGACACCAAAAGUUCCACAUACUAUCCUGACGUGUUGUAGUUUGCACAACAUUUGUGUUUUAAGGGGCGAUGAGUUCGAAGAUGACGAUAGUUCCGAUGAUGAAGAUGAUGAAGAUGACGAUGAUGACAGCGAUCAGAUUGUGUUUGGGCAGGGAUGAAUUGUACGGCAAGCUCUUACUGCAUUUCUCGCUGAAUAAACUCAUUUUGAUAGUGGGAUCCUACAUCUGAUUGGAUAAAUUCACACACUUUUAAAAAAUUAAAUCCACUAUUCAAGUACGAACAAGGGGAAUCA